AAAUUAGGACAUAGUGAAAAACAAACACAGGCACUCUGCUUUCAUUUUUGUGCUUCACUCCUCUCUUCCCUUCUCUUUUACCAAAUAUUUUCUUUCAUUUUCUUUGUGGACAAACAUCACCAUACUAUCAUCCUCUUUAUAGAGGAUCUCACGCAUUAAAAACCAAUUAAGCUUCUUUUUUCCUCAUCUGUGGUGAAAAAAGUUUUUUUUUUUUUUUCCCCUCUUUAAUUAAAGAAAAAAAGAAAAAGAAGAGGAAGAGUACUCGAGGGUUUGCACUGUUAGAUGAAUGCAAACCUUUUAUGCAAUUCUGGGCAGUUUCAUAAAUUUACUGUUCUUCUGGGUUUCUGAAUUUUCCAGGGGUUGAUCAGCAAAAGCCAUUUUCUUUCUUUAGUGUUUAUGAAAAUUCUUGUUGCUGAUCAUCAACCUAGGUGGAUAAAUUCACAGUUUUCCGAGUAAAUGUAACAAAUUAAGGUUUUUAUUUUUAUUUUUAUUUUUUUUAGCCCCGGAAAAAUCGCCGUUUUCGGUUUAUACGAAUUCUUUUCUGUUUGUUUGUUUGUUUGUUUUUAUUUUUUUUCAAAGAGAAAGAGAAAAGAUGAGUCAGAUGUCUCAGACUAAGAGUCGUUUCGGAACGAGUCAAGAAUUGCUGAAAGCGUCGAACUUUUUCGCUUUCCCAGAGAAACCGGCCGAUUUAAUCUCGCUGUUCAUGCGGGCAGGCCUAUUAGUCUGCCUCGUCUCCUCCAUUAUCCUCGCUCUCUACUCUGCUUUCUUCACACGGUCUCAGUGGUUCGUCCCACCCGAUUUGAAUCGCACAUCCCGAGACGUUUCAGUCGGAGAAUCGGGACCCACAAACAUCUCCCACAUCCUUUUCGGUAUCGGAGCCUCGGUGAAGACAUUGCCGAAACGCAGGCCGUACAUGGAGCAAUGGUGGGUCCCAAACGCCACUCGCGGUUACCUCUGGUUGGACGAAGAACCCAAGGAGGAGAAACAAAAAACCGGUCCGAUUCCGUAUCGGGUUUCUGAAGACUGGACCCGGUUCAGGUACUUGAGCUCUCAAUCGGCCGUACGAAUCGCCCGAAUCGUUUUGGAGAGUUUCAAACUGGGUUUGCCGAACGUGAGGUGGUUCGUAAUGGGAGACGAUGAUUCGGUGUUUUUCACUGACAACUUGGUUUCGGUGUUAGCGACAUACGAUCACAAUCAGAUGUACUACAUUGGUGGGAAUUCCGAGAGCGUGGAACAGGAUGUGUUGCAUUCCUACGACAUGGCGUUUGGUGGAGGGGGUAUCGCUGUCAGUUAUCCGUUGGCAGCCAAGCUGGUCAACAUUAUCGACGGUUGUCUGGACAGGUACUACAGAUUCUACGGCUCUGAUCAAAGGAUCUGGGCAUGUAUCAACGAGAUCGGUGUGCCCCUCACCCAACAAGAUGGGUUCCACCAGUUGGAUAUUAGAGGAGACCCAUAUGGUCUUCUAGCAGCACACCCAUUGGCACCACUUGUGUCCCUUCACCAUCUUGACCAAUUUGAACCCAUUUUCCCAAACCAGACCCAAAUGGACUCAUUCAAGUCCCUAAUGAAGGCAUACCGGGUCGACCCGAGCCGAAUCCUACAGCAAUGCUUUUGCUAUGACAGAAAGCGUAAAUGGUCAAUAUCAAUUUCAUGGGGCUACACUCUCCAGAUUUACCCUUCAAUGGUACCCGUUUUGGAGCUCCAGAGACCAUUUCAGACGUUCAAAACUUGGAGGAGUUGGAGUAAUGGACCUUUCACAUUCAAUACCCGACCCAUGAGUUCUAACCCGUGUCAACGACCCGUUAUUUAUUUUCUGGACCGAGUUGAGGAGACGAGUACUAAGAGUGGAAGUCUCUCCAUUUAUAAGAGGUUUGUGGCUAAGGAUGGGAAGCAAUGUAAUAGAGAAGAUUAUGGCCGUGUAAUGACAGUGCAAAGAAUUAUAGUUUCCUCCAUAAAGAUGGACCCGGCUAAUUGGAAGAAGGCUCCACACAGAAAAUGCUGUGAGAUUAUGGACCGUGGAAGCAUAAAGAAUGGUGACAUGCGGAUUAGAAUUAGAAAUUGCAGAGCAAAGGAAACUAUUACGGUAUAAAAGGGUCUUUUUCUUUUUUUCUUUUUUUUCAAUUAUAGCAUGGAGGAUGGUUUAUUAGCAUUAGAUGUGAGAUAUUGGAGAAUUUACGUUCGAGUAAAUAAUUCAGUUAACAAUAUUAAAGCGAACGAAGAUUAAAGAAACAAAGAUGCAGCUUAAAUUGGAUAAUUCAAUUUGAAGAAACUUUCCCCUUUUUGUUUUCUAGUUGUAAUUUUUCAUGAGUUUCAGUCCAGGAAGAACAACUUU